AUGCGCCAGAAAGCGGCACAGCUAACAUCACUGGUUGCCACUGCGAACAACCAAAUCGACGUGGCUCAGGGUACGAUACCCCCAGGCGUUGCCACCUCGAGAAAGACGUAUUACAAAGAAAGAUUCAAUCGACGUGGCUCAGGGUACGAUACCCCAAGGCGUUGCCACCUCGAGGAAAGCGUUGCUACCUCGAGCAAAGAGUUGCCAUCUCAACUAAAACUGACCGCAUUGGAUGCGGCCAGCGUACGUACUGUCACACAUCUAAAUAUAGAUUCCGAGAGAUUCUCAAACAUAGUAAGCAAAUUCGAUUUUAGAAUAGCUUACUCCUGCCACCAUCCUCUCGGAAGAUUCAUUAAGACUGGCAAAGACAACCUAGAUAAGUUAGCUCAUAGUGAUGUGGUGUAUCAGAUCCCUUGCAAGGAUUGUGAUGCCACAUAUGUUGGUCAGACAAAGAGACAAUUAGGAACCAGAGUGAAAAAACACUACAACGACAUUAAAAGGAACCCCGCAUCCCCCUCUGUCAUCUCUUGCCAUAGAAUGGACGCUUCACGUGAAUUUGAUUGGGAAAGCGUUGCUAUUCUUGACGAGGAACCUUCAUACCACAAAAGAUUGAUCUCAGAGAAGAUUCAUAUAAAAAGACAGGUCAAUUCUCUGAACAAACAAUCUGAUACUGAACUAUUAUCCGAAGAAUACCUGCCUAUUUUAAACCUACUCCCUCCUAAAUAA